AUGGCAAAGGAAAGCAUGUCUCCUAUUAGGGAGGACUACAUCCGCCAGCUCACCCCCUUCUCCACCUUUCUGCAGAACCUCCGCGGUGCCGGCUCAUCUGCGAGUUUCGAGACCGUAAACUUCUCCGACCUCCGAAGUAUCGGCAACCUCCCCGGCAAGACCGGCGCCCGGAUCGUCAGCCACACUUCCGGCUUGACCCCGUCCUUCCGCUUCGUCUUCAAGGGCAUCGACUUUGACAGCUACAAGCGGGACAGCAAGGACUUCGAGGAGCACCAGGACAAGACCCUCCUCCACGAGAUCCGGACCCUCUGCACCCUGCCUCCGCACCCGAACAUCAUGCACCGCCCCCAGGUCCUCGUCGUCGUCCAGGACGCCGACAACAUUGAACGCGUCUGCGGCUUCCUGCAGCCCGUCAUGGCCAAGGACUCCGUCGACGAGCAGGUCAUGCGUGCCAACAGGGAGGGCGUCCGCAUACCCCUCGCCCUCAAGGCCAAGUGGUGCCACGGGAUGGCCUUCGGGAUCCAGCACACGCACCAGGUCGGGAAGAGCUACCACAUGGACCUGAAGCCCGGCAACAUGCUCGUGGACGACGAGGACGACGUGCGCCUCAUCGACUGGGAGCAGAGCGGCGUGUCCAUGUUCACGCACCCGCCCGAGGUCACGAUCGACCAGGAGGCCGAGGAGUCCAUGACUACCGUGGGCAAGGCGGGCAAGCCGCGCAUCAUCUACACCCCGCACGAUGGCGCCCCGCGCAAGAACCAGAAGUGGGGGUUCCCGGACUGGAACGUGUUCCCGGAGUGGAAGCGGACGUGCCCGCGGGCGGCGGAGCUGGCCGAGGUGUUCAGCCUGGGCCGGACGAUGUGGAUGCUGCUGGAGCAGGUCGAGCAGUCCCCGGACACGGCGGUCUGGACCGAGAUCUCGGAGGACAUCCCGUCUGAGUGGAAGGCUAUGGUGAAUAAGUGCAUUGAGCGGGACCCGAACGACCGCCCAGAGUUGGACGAGGUGGUGGAGUUUUGGCGCAAUCAGGUUUUGAGGUUGGGGUAG